CAUGCAGCAACCCAAUGGUAACGAUAGCUUCGAGUCCGAAAAGGUCGAGCUAAUAAAUUAUGGAAUAGUCACUAAUGCACAUAUAGAAGCAGACAAAGUUUUUGCAUCACGUCAUGGUCGGUUAAACUGGUCAGCAGUGGAAAGGCCGUUAUCUGCAGACUCUGCUAAUCGCAAGGUGGUUGUACCCAUAGUGACACACUGCAACAAACUGAAACCCGCAAAGCAUGUGUCUUUAACGAGGCGACUUUCGCAACAGGUGGACCAACCACUUGAGAUUGUCAACUGUAAUGUAAAGCAACUUCAGGUAAAGUCAGUAGGAAAACGGCUAACGCAGAAGUUGUUUUCCCUAUCUAAAACGACACAUCACGAAAAGGAAGAACUCUUGAUUAAAAAAAUGUCGUUCAGGCAAUGGCUUUCGCGAAAUCGGUUUUUUAAAACAGCCUAAUUAGUGGCGCGACAAAUGGGAAUAUACUCCGAAAAUGCUCUGGGUGACAAAUGGCCACGUUUAAUUUGACUGUGGAUCGUUACAUCGAUCAGCUUCUACGGCUGUUGAUGAUGAACGUUUAAGGAUAAUGUACAGAAGCCUGCCAGUGCCAUAUUUUCAUAUUGCAUACAACGCGGUACCGGUUCGACAUAGUGCAUGUUAAUUUAUAUUACAUGUGUUGUUAUACCCGAGUGAGCAAAACAAUGAGAAAUUGUUACGGGGCGGCCAGUUUUAGACCACGGUAAUUUUAAGCUUGGCUACUUCAUGAUAACAUAAGACGGGAAACUCUGUAGUCACGUACAUAUUAUUACAUCAAAUGUAUGCGGCAAUUGUGGAAAUUUAAAUUAGUACAGCUAACAACUACAUUGAAGACUGAGUGACAUCCACAAAGCAUGGUUCACGAUAGUACACAUAUAUCACAGCCUAGUUGGUCAAAGCCAGGGAGAGAUACAAUUUUUAAUUCUCAUAUUAUUUAAUAAAUAACUUUUUGAAGCAAUGAUACAGG